GUCCCUGACGAAAGAAGCUGCUGUAGGCAGUAAUACAACACAGAUGGACGUAAGCUGCCGGUAAACACCACAGAAGAAGAAGACACCGGAAGUGACGUUCAAAAUGGCGUCCUCUGCUACCCGGCUGUGUACACGCUGGUUAACAUCUUCAGUUUUUUCUGGAUAUCGUAGCGGCCGUUUUCUUAUUAUCCGUGCCGGACAUGGAGGAGUGUAUGAAGGGACUGUAUCACAGGCGCACCGGGGAGGGGGAGCGGUUAGCCUGAGCUCCUGGACACGCGGAAAUGUUGUGACAUUGAGAGGACUGACAGGGGUGAGACGUCCUCAUGGCAUUAGCUGCUGCUCCUUCCACUCCAGCAGCAGACGGGCAAACAAGCAAGACUUGUAUGAAGUCUUGGGCGUCUCCCGCACUGCCUCACAGAAGGAGAUCAAGAAGGCUUACUACCAGCUGGCAAAGAAGUACCACCCAGACACCAACCCAGAUGACCCAGAGGCUAAAGAGAAGUUUGCAAAGCUAGCUGAAGCCUAUGAGGUUCUGAGUGAUGAGGUAAAGAGGAAACAGUAUGACACAUAUGGAGCAGCAGGCUUUGACCCGAACCGUGCUAGUGCUGGCCAGCAGCAGUACUACAGGGCUGGAGGGACCACUAUAGACCCCGAGGAGCUCUUCAGGAAGAUCUUCGGCGACUUUGCAGGAGGCAUGGGCUUUGGAAACAUCAACAGCAUGUUUGACGAAAGGCCUGAAUUUGUGAUGGAGCUUACAUUUUCUGAGGCGGCAAAGGGCGUGAAUAAGGAGUUGAAUGUGAACAUUGAUGACGCCUGCCAAAGGUGUGAUGGAAGGGGCAACGAGCCGGGGACUAAGGUGUCUCACUGUCACUACUGCAAUGGCACAGGGAUGGAGUCAAUCAGCACAGGACCUUUCAUGAUGCGCUCCACAUGUCGACGCUGUGGUGGCAAAGGAUCAAUCAUAAACACGCCCUGCGCUCUGUGCAGAGGCUCAGGCCAGAGCAAAAAGAGGCAGACGGUCACUGUACCCGUACCUGCCGGAGUGGAAGAUGGUCAGACAGUGCGCAUGUCAGUAGGAACUAAAGAAAUCCUCAUUACAUUCAGAGUUCAGAGGAGUCCAGUGUUCAGACGUAACGGAGCAGACAUCCACUCUGAUGCGUUCAUCUCAAUAGCCCAGGCCAUCCUGGGAGGCACAGCCACGACGCAGGGCCUCUAUGAAACCAUCAGCAUAUUGAUUCCCGCCGGCUGCCAGACUGAUCAGGUCAUCAGGCUGCAGGGCAAAGGCAUUCGGAGGAUGAACAGCUACAGCUACGGAGAUCAUUAUGUUCACAUUAAGAUCAAAGUGCCCAAGAAGUUAACUCGAAGGCAGCGCUCUCUGCUGCUGAGUUAUGCGGAAGAAGAGACGGAUGUUCAGGGGAAUGUCAACGGCGUCAGUCCUUCAGGAGGAGGGGGCAGCAGCACUUCAAGCACUGGUACAAAGUCAGCCACAUCAGAGGAGGGGCAGGACGAGCAGAAGGAGAAAGAGGAGGAGGGAGGCUUCUUUUCCAAACUAAAGAAAAUGUUUAGCUGAGAUUGAGACUGCAGGUUGGAGCGUCUCACACCAUCCCUGUAAAAAACAAAACAAAAAAAGAAACAAGUAAAACAAGACGGUAAAAGAAGAUAAAGGAAUCUACAGCUCGGGCCUCCACGCUGUCUCCUCUAGCUUUAGAAAUUAAGCCAGGAGGAGGAGGAGAGAUGCAGAGUGGCAUUUGUGUUGACACAGUCACACAUUGUUGAAGUUGCUGUUGGAGAACGGGCUAUGUAGACACCAGAUCCACACACACACACACCCGAUGACCCGUCGCCACAGACAGGUGCUCGGCUGAGAAAUUCAAGAUGUGCUCCCAAAGAAAUGAGACGGCGAUUAAUGCUUAUUUCUCUGUUGCACCUCUCAGCCCUCCUCAUUGUGUUUGAAGCUGCUCACUCUACAGACAGUAACUAUCAAACUGUAAGAUAAGCAGACAAAAAUGUAAAAGUGUUAGAUGUAAAGCGGGCGGUCAAAAGGAUUGCAACUGGAUAAGAAUGAAAGCUUGACAUGGACUCAAAGUUAAAUUAUAUCAUGACCAUUGUGACAGCUAAAAUGGUCCCAUCAAGUUCUAAUGAACUUAAAAAAAAUGGAAAUAUGGAUGGAAAUUCUUGGUGAAGCAAAUUUGGCUCUAAUUGAACUGAAAUUUUAGGCAGUGUAUUAAAAUUCAUUGUAAUUAUUGUAACUGCAGUAAGUUGGUCUGUUGCAGGUCAGCGCAGAGUCACAAAAUUUAGUGAGAGUGAAAACACUUAAGUGAAUGUUACACCUGGAAUUUCUAUAAAAUAAAUUAUUGUGAAAGUAAAUUGAUUAUAUAUUGAAUAUAUUUACAAGUUAACUGUAACUUAACCAUUAUUUUCUGAUUUGUUCCAUUAAAAAAUAAAUAAAAGACAAACUUUUACAAUUUUGUCAUACAGUUAAAACAUACUUUGAAAUAGUUUUUUUUAUCUGUAGUCUCAGAAUAUUUUCUCUAUUUUGAUUUUGUUUCUUUACCUUUCCUUGAAAAGAAACAGUCAGUACAUCAUAAGUCUCAUUUUAAAUAAGAAAAAGAUUUUUUUUUUCUUCCAUAGUGUUGUGUUCUCAGACAGUGAGAAUAUGUUUUAAAAAAUUUCCUCUUAACAAGAAAAGCUUUUCAGAUGUUUAGCAAGAAACAAUUUCAUCUGCAAUAAUUGUUAGUGUAACCAAAAUGAUGUUGUCAUUCUGCUCAGUUGUGCCUGUGCCUGGCAACAAUGCUAAUUUAAAUAAAGUUUAAUUUGUUGGAAA